GAAAAGCACUGUAGGUUAUCACGCUGGAAAUAAAGCCCUACAAACUGAAGAUAAAAAGCAGCAACUAAGCAAAUUGCAGUCAGACCAGGAACCAAGGCUUGCACACACAAAAACUUAGCUAAUAAAUAACAUUCACCUCUAGCUCACAAAUACUCUUAACAGUUCCAAAAUAAUCUCCUAUGACAAACCAUAUUUGAUUAUUUGAAUUAAAGAAACAGAAUUUCCUGAAGGCAGUUGAAGAUCCCAACAACAAGAUGUUUGAUGGAGGAGAGUAUUCACCUUCGGCGACAGAGCCUUUUAGCUGCAUGAACGGUGUCACAACCUCCAGAAAGAAGAAGAACAAGAACAAAAGGAGGUUUAGUGAUGAGCAGAUUAAAUCGCUGGAGUCUAUGUUUGAAUCAGAAACAAGGCUUGAGCCUCGAAAGAAGAUGCAGCUGGCAAAAGAGCUUGGAUUGCAACCACGACAGGUUGCAAUAUGGUUUCAGAAUAAGAGAGCUAGAUGGAAGUCUAAGCAGCUUGAAAGAGACUUCAGCAUACUACGAGCCAAUUACAAUAGCUUGGCUUCCAGGUUUGAGACUCUGAAGAAAGAGAAGCAAGCUUUGGUAAUACAGUUACAGAAGAUUAAUGAUUUGAUGAAGAAGCCAGGAGAGGAAGGAGAGUGUUGUGGCCAAGGACCAGCUGUGAACAGUAUCGAAGGCAAAUCAGAGAAUGCAGACACAACUAUGGGUGAAUCAGAAACGAAUCCUAGAUUGUCAAUUGAAAGACCAGAACAUGGAUUAGGAGUCCUCUCAGAUGAAGAUAGCAGCAUAAAAGCAGAGUAUUUUGAACUCGAAGAAGAACCGAACCUAAUUAGUAUGGUGGAACCCGCUGAUGGAUCAUUGACAUCACAAGAAGAUUGGGGGAGUUUAGACUCUGAUCGCCUCUUCGAUCAAUCAAGCAGUGACUAUCAGUGGUGGGAUUUCUGGGCUUGAUUGAAGAGGAAACUCAAUGAAACUUGAUACAAAUUUAUCAAUUGUCCUUGUAUUGAUGAACUCCAGCUCUUGGUGAGGCAAAAUUCAGAGAGACCAUCGGAGAGGAACGCUUCAGAGGAAUGCAUCAAUUGACGUGACAAAUUUGGAUUUUGUUGUGAGUAUAGAGAUUCAAAUUGUCUUCUUGGUGCAACUAGAAAAGCUUCCGCUCUAAUCUUACCUCUCCGAAUCUGUCCCACAUUAGAGUCCCUACUGGUCUGGGCCUGGAAAGAUGAUGUCCAUAAAAAAUGGAGAAAAUAAAGGAAGCCGUGUAAGUAGUAAGCUAGUGUGCAUAAAAGAGUUGCUUGUAUGUGGGGGGGAGACGGAGAGAAAUGCUGCAUUAGAACUCCGAUGUAGAGACAUGUUCUCUCCAAUCUUUAAAGGAGUUGCUGUUGUGCUAUCUUAUAUGCAAUUCAGUGUUUUCUUUUUCCCAA